AUGAAUUUUGGUGAAAUUCAUUUAAAUGAGUCUCGACAAAUUCUCUUUUCUAUAACUAAUCAUCAUCAAAAAGAUUCUGUACGAUUUGAAUGGCCUGAACAUCCUCAAUGUACAUUUUCACCACGUGUUGGUCAUCUUCAUGCUGGUUGUACAAAAGAUAUUCAAGUAACAUUUAAAACAAAUAAACCAAUUCAAUUAACAAAAGAAAAACUUCUUUGUUCAAUAAUAAAAAUAACAUUUGAUCGUCCAGUUAAUGAAAUUCCUGAUUGGGAUGAUCGAAUGCGUUCAGUUCGAUGGAUUGAUGUUCCACAACCUGUUAUUGAUUCAACAAAUCCUGAAAUACAACGAACAAAUCGUCCAGCAAGAAAAAAAGUUAUUGAAGCUGAUAUUGAACCAACACAUCAACGUAUUGAAGAACAAACACGUCUAUUAGAUAUUUAUGUAUCUGCUAUUGCUGAUUAUUGUCGUUAUAAAUGUAGUGAUUUUGAAAUUCGAUAUUUUGAUACGGCUAUAUUACAAACACGUGUUCAUGAAGUAACAAUUACAAAUCGUGGUAAAGUAUCAUUUAAUUAUUCAUGGCAAGUACAUAUGGAAGAUAAUCAACGACCAUUUACACCAAUGAUUGAUCGAGAUCCACCAACACCUGAACCAACCGAUGGUACGCGAAAAGGACAUAAAGGUGGUGCUCGUACUCAAGCAUCAAAUGCUCCAACAACAGAUUCAUCAAAUACACAAGAAUCACCAACAGCUCCAACUACAUCACGUGGAAAAGAUAAAUCAACAAAAGAAACAAGUAAAUCAACGGGUAAAGAUGGACCAACAGGAGGUAAAAUAAAAGGUGCACGACCAUCGAUUAAAUCAAAUGUAACAGCUGAAAGUUUGACUGAAGAAAAAGAAGCUGAAAAUGAAUCAGGAUUUUUUACUGAAGGUGCUAAUAUUACUGAUAUGCCACGGGGUGAUUCAGAAUCAAGUGCUCGAUCACCACCAAGUGUAAUGACUGAAGUUGGUUAUAUACCAUUUACGAUUGAACCAGAUACAGGUUCAAUUGCUGUUGGUGCUAGUCAGGUAUUUAAAAUUAAAUUUGCACCACUCGAUGUUAAUGAUUAUCAAGCACGAUUGACUUGUUGUAUACCAAAUUUAGAAACAGCUAAACCAGGACCAGCUGUGGCUGUUCGUGGUCGAAGUAUUUUACCAUUCUGUCAUUUUGAAUUAGAAGAAUCAGAUUAUUUAACAAGUGGUCGACGACGUCUUGAUCUUUUGAUUAAUAAUGGUUCAUCACAAGCACCAGCUACAUUUAUUGAUCGUCAAACUCGUGUUAUUGAAUUUAAAGCGGUUGGAAUUGGAUCAACACUUAAUAGAUCAUUUUCUGUAUUAAAUCCAACGGAUGCUGAUUAUACAUAUCGAUGGAUAUGUGAAGAUAAUCUUGAUUUAACCAAACAACCAUCAUUUGUAUGCCGUACUGUACAAGGAAAAAUAGGAUCAGGCAAAGGAGUAUUAAUGUCAUUUGAUUUCUUUCCACGUUCAUUUGGAAUAAUUGAAUCAAUGUAUCGUUUUGAAGUUCCAACACAUUCUUUAUCUGUUCCAUUUUUACUUGUUGGUCAAGUCAAUGAACCACAAAUAUUAUUUGAUCGAACAUUUGUUUCAUUUCAUCCUGCAUUAAUUGGUCAUCAUGUUGAAGAAAUUUUAACAUUAAUUAAUAAAGAAAAUCGUUCAUUUCAUUAUCAAUUUCUUGAACGAUGUUUUAUUAAUGGUACAACAAAUAAUGAUUUAAUUAUUGAACCAUCAUCAUCUGGUAUUAUAUCUGAAAAUACACGUUUACCAUUACGUUUAAUAUUUCGUCCAACACAAAAUCGUUCAUAUACAUAUAUUCUUCAAUGUCGUAUUGAUGAAACAAUUGAAUUAUUAAAUGUUAAUGUUAAAGGUGAAGGUUUUGCUAAUUUAUCAAGUGUACAAUGUGAAGCAAUUGAUGGUAAUCGUUAUGAUUUAAAAUCAAUACAAAAUGGUACAAAUGAAAUACAUUUUGAUGAUGUUUUAAUUGGUAAUAUAGCAUCAAGACAAAUUCAAAUAUCAAAUGAUGGUAAAUAUUCUUUUGAUUUUAAUUGGUCACAUGAUAAUGAACAAGAUUUGGGACCAUUUACAAUAACACCAAUGAAAGGUACUAUAUCAAAUAGUCAAAAACAAACAUGUCUUAUAACAUUUGAACCACGUACACGUGAACAUCGUUCAUUAGUACAACGUUCUAUUCAAUUGAAUAUUAUUAAUGGUUUAAAAUAUGAUUUAUUACUUAUUGGACAAACAACAACACCAAAUAUAAAUUUUUCAUUUUUAUCAUAUAAUUUUAGUUCAUGUUUUGUUUAUCGUGCUGGUAUGCCAGAAAAUACAUGUCAAUUAAUAAUAACAAAUCAAGAUACAAAAGAUCAUACUAUUGAAUGUUUAUAUCAAUCAACAGCACAAUUAAUGUUAGAUUUUAAAACAGGUUUAAUUUCAUCAAAACAAAAUACUGUUUGUAAAUUUACAUUUUAUCCACGUGAACAAAAAAAUUAUCGAGAAAAUGUUCAAUUUGAAAUUGAUGGAUUAACAAUAAUUAAUGUUAUGAUUGAAGGAGAAGGAGUUGAUUUUCGAGUUGAAUUAGCUGAACCAAAACAUAAAAUUCUUAAUUUAGGUAAAAUAUCUAUUAGUAAAUACCUUCUAAUUAUGAACAGUAUCAUUCUUCUCUCUAUCACUUGUUUAUUAUACACUAUGACAAAAUACAUUCUAUAUAUUAGAGUUAUUGAGCCAGAAAAAAGAUACACUUGCAUUCAAUGAAUGGUUCGAUAAAUGUGAAUAUCGGAUGCUAAUGAAUAAGAUAGUGGCGCUGAUGAUGAUGAUGAUGCUAAAAGAUUUGUUUUAUUAUUGAAAAAUCCUUUCGAUAAACAAGAGAAUAAAUAAUUCGAUUUUUAUCUAAAAUUAAUAAAAAUAAAUAAAUAUUUUGAAAUUUUCCUUUUCUUCUUUUCACAGUUGUCUAUAUGUUAAAGCUCUAAAUUGAACAUUUCUGUGUAGUGAAUGCUUUUAUAUAAUCUCAGCAGUGCUCACAAUAGAGAAGCUUCACUGUAAACCCCCCCCCUCCCAGUUUAAAAGCCCCCGGGGGCUUCUACUAAGGGAGGGCUACUAAUGCGAUUUUCGUACAAAAGUUUCAAAAAAAAAAUCAGAGAAAAUAAAAAAAACCAAUGACUCGAUCUAACGUAAGUGAAAAACUUUUUAAUCUGUUGCCCAAAAUAUCAAUUUAGGCUGAAACAGAUUUUUUUUUUGUUUCAGUA